AUUUAUGUAAGUACAGGCAAACUGAUAGGCUGUGUAAGAGAAUUGUUGUAUUUGUAUCAACUCUUUGCGACAGUAUCGUGAGAAUUCUUCAGUUUUAUGUGAUCCGCUGAGGAGAUAACGCUUAUGAAGCUCAAUUGUGGCAAAAUCGUGCAGAUCGCUGUAGCAUUUGCGGCAAAUUUUCUAUCGGUUCUGUUCGGUUUGGUCACAGCAUGGACCUCCCCCACAAUUUUUCUUCUUCAAUCCCCCGAAACACCCCUUUCCAGUGGCCCCAUGUCCGACGAUGAGGUCUCUCUGAUGACUUCCCUUAUGUACCUGUCGGCCAUUGGGGGUUCUGUUGUGGCAGGAUGGCUAGCAAAUACCCUCGGAAGAAAAUGGACCCUUUUCCUGUCAGCCAUACCCCAGCUAAUUGCUUUCAUUCUCAUCUUCUUCGCCGAUAAGGCAAUUCACAUUUAUAUUUCACGCUGCCUAAGUGGCAUUGCGGUGGGAACAUCAAUUGUGAUCAUCCCCAUAUUCGUGGCGGAAAUUUCAGAUAAAAACUUGCGUGGAACUGUUGGAAACUUCAUGGGUGUCUCAAUAAGUUUGGGGAAUUUUUUUGGAAAAUUUCUUCCGAAUCUCGGUGGAUUCUACCUCACACCAAUAGUUGUGUGUACAAUGGUGGGAAUUUUUAGCCCCAUCCUGGCUAUCCUACCGGAUUCUCCGCAAUUUCUUCUUCUCAAAAAUCGCCCAGAAGCUGCGGAGAAAGCUCUAAAAUUCUAUCGUGGUAUCCGCAAAAGCUCACCCGAUAGCACGGCCUACACAACAGAGUUGGAUGAACUAAAAAAGUCCCCAAGUCUCACGAAGCAGAAACUUACGCUGAGCCUCAGAGAUUUUUGCGGCGGAGCAACAAUUUUGAGCAUUUUAACAAGUUUCUGGCUGAGUAAUCAUCCCACCUUUACUGGGAAUCGCGUUUUAGUCUCCUACACCGAUAAACUCUUGAGGAUAUCAGAGACUGAUUUGGACAUCCCCACAAUGGACAUUACGGUAGCAGCUGUUCAGCUAAUUGCUUCAAUUGCCUCAAUCUUCCUCAUUAGUCGAUUUGGAAGUCGUCUCGUCCUAAUUGUAUCCUUUGCUCUUAGUUCAAUCGCCAUGGCAAUUGUUGCAACACAUUUCCAUAUAGUAGAAACGAAAUCAGGCCUCAAUACAUACUCUUGGCUCUUUUUUGCUGCAUUUGCCAUUGCAACAGCCAUUCCUGGCAGUGCAAUAAAUAGUCUGGCAUUUGGUAUGGCAACUGAAAUAGUUUCCCCAAAAUUACGGGGUUUCCUUAUCAGUAUCUACGUCAUACUAUCGUGGUUAUUGGGAUUUGUCUUUAUAAACUACUUCCUAGCACUUGAAACAUUUUGGGGAAUCUCCGGGUGGAUUUGGCUUUUUGGCUCGUGGUGCUUCAUGAGUACAAUUCUCUCAUUCUUCAUCCUUCCUGAUACACGUGGUAAGACCUUUGAUGACAUUCUUCUUCUUUUCAACAAAAAACUCCCCAAAAAAUGGCAAGAAAAUACAUCUCUAACGCUUGGAAUAGCGAAAAACAACAAUCCAUGAUAGAAGAAUAGCAAAAGUUAAAAGUAAAUAAUUUAUAACAAUUGAAUCACAUUUGUAAUUACUACAGCAAUUAAAUACAUUUAACCUUGA